AUGCGAGGCAACAAGAAGACAGACAAGCCUCCGAACUUCCUGAUCAUCUUAGCAGACGAUCUUGGAUACAGUGACAUCGGCUGCUUCGGCAGCGAGAUUCGCACGCCUCAUCUCGACGCUCUCGCCCGCGAUGGCGCUCGCUUUACCGACUACUACGCAGCAGCAGCCUGUAGUCCCACCCGCGCCAUGCUCCUCAGCGGGACGGAUAACCACAUAGCCGGUGUGGGCGCCAUGAGCGAAGCACGCGGCAAAUACCUCGACCUCUUCAACGUGCGCGGGUACGAAGGCCACCUGAACCACGACGUCGCCGCGCUCUCCGAAAUCUUGCAAGACGGUGGGUAUCACACGCUCAUCUCCGGGAAGUGGCAUUUGGGGUACACGCCCGAGACGAAUGCGGCGGCGCGGGGGUUCGCGCAGGCGUUCACGCUGCUGGACGGGCAGAGUAAUCACUACGGUUGGGAGCCGCAGCUUGAGGACGAGGAUUGGACGCCGUUUCAUCUGCGCGUCAGUCCGCGGUUGUACACGAUGAAUGGGCGGAAGUUUGACGUCGAGCCGAAUGUGAGGAAUGAUCCGAGGGGGUUUUAUUCGUCGGAUUAUUACACGCAGAAUAUGAUUCGGUGGUUGAAGAAGAGGUCUGGUGAGGAGAGGGAGAAGCCUUUCUUUGCGUAUUUGCCGUUUUUGGCGCCGCAUUGGCCUUUGCAGUGCAGCGAUCUGGAUCGUGAUCGAUAUGAGGGCGUAUACGACGAUGGUCCUGCCGCAUUACGCCUCAAGCGAUUGGAGAGGAUGAAGAAGCUCGGGAUCAUCGACGAGGACGUGCAACCGCACGAUGUCGUCGCUGGUCCGGCCAGCCUGGAAUGGGAGGAGAUGACACCUUACGAGCGAAAGUGCAGCGCGCGAGCAAUGCAGUGCUUCGCCGGCAUGGUGGACAACAUCGACCAGAACGUGGGGAGGAUAGUGCAGUAUCUGAAGGAGAGCGGGCAGUUCGAGAACACGGUCAUCAUCUUCCAGAGCGACAAUGGAGCAGAAGGGGCGGACAUCGAGUCUCUGCCAACCAUGGGUCCGGAUCUGAUGCGAGUAUUGCGGAAGUACUACAACAACUCUUUCGACAAUAUCGGGCACGCCGAUAGCUAUGUCUGGUAUGGGACGAGAUGGGCACAAGCGAGUACGGCACCGAGUCGUCUGUACAAGAUCUUCACCACCGAAGGCGGCAUCAGGGUGCCAUUUAUCAUCCACUAUCCCGGCUUCGCACCCCAUCUCCAAAACGGCGCACUCAUCAGAUCCUUCGCAACAGUCAUGGACAUCUGUCCUCUCUUCCUCGACCUAGCCGGCAUCAAGCACCCCGCAACCAAAGACGGCGCAUUCCGCGGCCGCAAAGUAGCACCCAUGCGCGGCAAGUCCUGGCUUCCCUUCCUGACCGACCACAAAUCCCGUCCAGAAGCGUACGAUGGCAUCCACGGGCGAGAAGACAGCUACAUGGGCUGGGAAUUGCACGGCCGCGGCGCGCUGCGAAAAGGCGAGUGGAAGAUCGUGCGCAUCGAAGCGGCGAUGGGCGGAGGCGAUUGGCAACUCUACAACAUUCGGCGAGAUCCAGGGGAGAUUGAAGACCAGUCCGAGGCCGAGCCGGAGAAAAAGCGGGAGCUGUUGCGCUUGUGGAAUGAGUAUGUUCGUGAAUCAGGUGUGGUGUGGGCGCCGCAGGAGGAGAUUCAGUCGUUGCCUGCCGAUCCUAAGCCGGAGGUUGACCAGAUCUUUGGGGGCGAUCAUGUGGAACAGAUGAGGGCUUGGAUGCGGGUGAGGCCUGGCGAGGAGACGCGGAGGGGGCAGGUAGUGAAGGGGAUGUGA